AAAAAAAAAAGGGGGAGACGAACGACGUCGUGCGCACACGCAGCUGCAGCCGCACAAAAACAAGGAAAUCGGGUGAAAUCGAGCCAACGUCGCCGUUACCUGAACAAAGCAGCGCCCGCCAACUAUUGAUUGAGACAACAACUGAGGCUGGAAUUUUUUUUUUUUUUUUUUUUUGUUAAGGGGGAGUGUGGAGUGUCAAGUUACUCGACGAACGCUGGCAUCAAACUCUGGAUUAUUGUCGUACAAAACAACUUUUUAAUUUAGUUAGCUCAAGUGCUAGCUAGCUAAACAGCAACAAAAAAAAAAGUAAAGUUUCUGCUGUCCACGAUGUCUGGGAGCGAGGACGACCGAGACGACUAUGGAGCCCCUCCGCCGGAGGAGCGCUUAAUGCACGACGACGAGGACGAGGAUAUUUCGGAGAAUGAGCCUCAGAAGGUGAAGAAGAAGAAAAAGGCCAAGAAGAGCAGAGAGAGUAAAGGCAGCAAGAGGCGCUCGCGCAGAGAGGAACUCCCCAUCAGCUCCCCGGAGCACGUGGGCGUGGGCGUGGCCGGGGCCGAGGACGAGGCGGGCGGCGGCGGCCAAGCUCAGCGCUCCGACAGCGAGGGCAGCGACUACACGCCGGGACGCAAGAAGAAGAAGCGGGCCGGCAGCAGCAAAGAGAAGAAGCGCAGCGGAGCCGAACGCAGUUCGGCCAAGAAGAAGGAGCCCGAGCCCGAGGAGGAAGAGGAGGAGGACGACGAUGACGACUUCUCGGAGCCCAAGUCGUCCUCCCAGCUGCUGGAGAACUGGGGCAUGGAGGACAUCGAUCACAUUUUCACCGAGGAGGACUAUCGCUCUCUGACGAACUACAAGGCCUUCAGUCAGAUUGUCAGGCCGCUCAUCGCCGCCAAGAACCCCAAAAUCGCCGUGUCCAAGAUGAUGAUGGUUCUAGGCGCCAAGUGGCGGGAGUUCAGCACCAACAACCCCCUGAGGGGAGCCGCCGCCGCCAAUGCCGCUCUGGCAACGGCAAACGUACCCGCCGCCGUCGACACCAUGGUGGCCGAGGCCGCCCCGCCCCCCGCCGCCGCCCCGGCGGAGCCCCAGCAGCCCCCCGCGCCGCCGCUGCGCAAGGCCAAGACCAAGGAAGGCAAAGGUCCCAACGCCCGCAAAAAGUCUAAAGCUUCGCAGAAACAUCAAGAGAAGAAGAACAAUGCAAAGACCAAGAAAGUGGCUCCUUUGAAAAUCAAGCUGGGAGGCUUCAACAGCAAGCGGAAACGCUCAUCGAGCGAAGAGGACGAGCCCGACGUGGACAGCGACUUUGAGGACGGCAGCAUGAACAGUGUCUCCGUCUCCGAAGGCUCCAACAGCCGGAGCAGUCGCAGCAAAAAGAAGCCUUCGUCCAAGGCCAAGCCCAAGAGGAAGAAAGCUGAGGAUGCGGACGGCUAUGAGACGGACCACCAGGACUACUGCGAGGUGUGUCAGCAGGGCGGCGAGAUCAUCCUGUGUGACACGUGUCCCAGAGCCUACCACAUGGUCUGCCUGGACCCCGACAUGGAGAAAGCGCCCGAGGGCACCUGGAGCUGUCCGCACUGCGAGAAGGAGGGCAUCCAGUGGGAGGCGAAGGAGGAGGUGUCGGAAGGCGAGGAGGACAACGGCGACGGCGGGGAGAUGGAGGAGGACGACCACCACAUGGAGUUCUGCAGGGUGUGCAAGGACGGAGGCGAGCUCCUCUGCUGCGACUCGUGCCCGUCGUCCUACCACAUCCACUGCCUCAACCCUCCGCUGCCCGAGAUCCCCAACGGAGAGUGGAUCUGCCCGCGCUGCCUGUGCCCCCCCAUGAAGGGGAAGGUCCAGAAGAUCUUGACGUGGCAGUGGGGAGAACCUCCUCCUCCGACACCCGUACCCCGACCGCCGGAGCUCCCGGCGGAGGCGCCCGACCCCGCCCCGCUGGCAGGGCGGCCCGAGCGAGAGUUCUUCGCCAAAUGGUUCAACAUGUCCUACUGGCACUGCUCGUGGGUCACCGAGCUGCAGCUGGAGCUCCAUUGUCAGGUGAUGUUCAGGAACUACCAGAGGAAGAACGACAUGGACGAGCCGCCGCCCAUCGACUUUGGCGACGGGGAGGAAGACAAGAGCGACAAGAGGAAGAACAAGGACCCCAUUUAUGCGCAAUUGGACGAGAAGUUCCUCCGAUUCGGAAUUAAGAUGGAGUGGCUGAUGAUCCACCGCAUCCUCAACCACAGCGUGGACAGAAAGAACAACGUGCACUACCUGAUCAAGUGGCGGGAGCUGGCGUACGACCAGGCCACCUGGGAGGCGGAGGACAUGGACAUUCCCGACUUUGACACGUACAAGCUGCAGUACUGGAACCACAGAGAGCUCAUGAUGGGCGACGACGGCAAACCCGGGAAGAAGAUCAAGGUGAAAGGGCGUGUGAAGCGUCCCGACAGACCGCCUGAGAACCCCGUCGUCGAUCCCACCAUCAAGUUCGAGCGUCAGCCAGACUAUCUGGACAGCACGGGCGGCACGCUGCACCCCUACCAGCUGGAGGGCCUCAACUGGCUGCGCUUCUCCUGGGCGCAGGGCACUGACACCAUCUUGGCCGACGAGAUGGGGCUGGGCAAGACGGUCCAGACCGCUGUCUUCCUCUACUCGCUGUAUAAAGAGGGUCAUUCCAAGGGUCCCUUCCUGGUCAGUGCGCCACUCUCCACCAUCAUCAACUGGGAGAGGGAGUUUGAGAUGUGGGCGCCCGACAUGUACGUGGUUACGUACGUGGGGGACAAAGACAGCAGGGCCGUAAUCAGAGAGAACGAGUUCUCCUUCGAGGACAACGCCAUCCGGGGAGGGAAGAAAGCCUCCAGGAUGAAGAAAGAUUCAUCCAUCAAGUUCCACGUCUUGCUGACGUCCUACGAGCUGAUCACCAUCGACAUGGCCGUGCUGGGCUCCAUCGACUGGGCCUGUUUGGUGGUGGACGAGGCCCAUCGGCUGAAGAACAACCAGUCCAAGUUUUUCCGCGUCUUGAACAACUACCCCCUGCAACACAAGCUGCUGCUCACCGGAACGCCGCUGCAAAACAACCUGGAGGAACUUUUCCACCUGCUUAACUUCCUCACGCCGGAGAGGUUCAGCAAUCUGGAGGGCUUCCUGGAGGAGUUUGCCGACAUCGCCAAAGAGGACCAGAUCAAGAAGCUGCACGACAUGCUGGGUCCGCACAUGCUCAGGAGGCUCAAGGCCGACGUCUUCAAGCACAUGCCCUCCAAGACGGAGCUCAUCCUCCGGGUGGAGCUCAGCCCGCAGCAGAAGAAAUACUACAAAUUCAUCCUGACCAGGAACUUUGAAGCUCUCAACACCAAAGGAGGAGGGAACCAGGUUUCGCUGCUUAACGUGGUCAUGGACCUCAAGAAGUGCUGCAACCACCCUUUCCUCUUCCCCGGAGCGGCAAUGGAAGCUCCCAAGUUGCCCAACGGUAUGUACGACGGCAGCUCGCUCAUUAAGGCGGCUGGGAAGCUGAUGUUGCUGCAGAAGAUGAUGAGGAAGCUGAAGGACGGAGGACACAGAGUGCUCAUCUUCUCUCAGAUGACCAAGAUGUUGGACCUCCUGGAGGACUUCCUGGAGAACGAGGGCUACAAGUACGAGCGUAUCGACGGCAGCAUCACGGGAGGGAUGAGACAGGAGGCCAUCGACCGCUUCAACGCUCCCGGCGCUCAGCAGUUCGCCUUCCUGCUGUCCACCAGGGCCGGAGGUCUGGGGAUCAACCUGGCCACCGCCGACACAGUCAUCAUCUACGACUCGGACUGGAAUCCUCACAACGACAUCCAGGCUUUCAGCAGAGCUCAUCGAAUCGGUCAGAACAAAAAAGUCAUGAUCUACCGCUUUGUCACUAAGGCCUCGGUGGAGGAGAGGAUCACGCAGGUGGCCAAGAAGAAGAUGAUGCUCACCCACUUGGUGGUCCGACCCGGCCUGGGCUCCAAGACGGGCUCCAUGUCCAAGCAGGAACUGGACGACAUUCUCAAGUUCGGCACGGAGGAGCUCUUCAAAGACGAGUGCGAGGGCGAGAACAAGGAGGAGGACAGCAGCGUCAUCCACUACGACGACAAGGCCAUCGACCGGCUGCUGGACAGGAACCAGGACGCCACCGACGACACGGAGCUGCAGAGCAUGAACGAGUACCUGAGCUCCUUCAAGGUGGCGCAGUACGUGGUGAAGGACGAGGACGAGGAGGAGGAGGAGGUGCAGCGUGAGAUCAUCAAGCAGGAGGAGAGCGUGGACCCCGACUACUGGGAAAAGUUGCUGCGCCACCAUUACGAGCAGCAGCAGGAGGACUUGGCCCGCAACCUGGGCAAGGGCAAGCGCAUCCGCAAGCAGGUCAACUACAACGACGGCUCGCAGGAGGACAGAGCCGACUGGCAGGACGACCAGUCGGACGGCCAGUCGGAUUACUCCGUGGCCUCCGAGGAGGGAGACGAGGACUUUGACGAGCGAUCGGAAGCCAAUUCACGCAGACCGAACAGGAAGGGCCUGAGGAACGACAAAGACAAGCCACUGCCCCCCCUGCUGGCCAGGGUGGGAGGCAACAUUGAGGUGCUGGGCUUCAACUCCCGGCAGAGGAAGGCCUUCCUGAAUGCGGUGAUGCGUUACGGGAUGCCGCCGCAGGAUGCCUUCACCACGCAGUGGUUGGUCCGAGACCUGCGAGGGAAGUCGGAGAAAGAGUUCAAGGCCUACGUGUCUCUGUUCAUGCGGCACCUCUGCGAGCCCGGAGCCGACGGCGCCGAGACCUUCGCCGACGGCGUCCCCAGGGAAGGGUUGUCACGGCAACACGUGCUAACCCGCAUCGGCGUCAUGUCGCUCAUCCGUAAGAAGGUUCAGGAGUUCGAGCACGUCAACGGCCAGUGGUCGCUGCCGUGGAUGGCCGAGCUGGAGGAGAACAAGCGGGCCGCUCAGCCCGACUCGCCCGGGAAGACGCCGUCCACGGGAACGCCCGCCGACACGCAGCCCAACACGCCCGCUGCGGGCGACGAGGCGAAAAGCGACGAGGCCGUCAGGGACGGAGACAAAGAUGUGAAGAAAGACGGCGAGGGGGACAAAAACGGCAAAGACGCUGCAAAGAACGCCGGCGAGGUCAUCGCCAUUCCCGACGACGACGACGACAAAAGUCCGUCGGAGGACAAGAAGGCGGACGAGCCCGCGGAAGCGGACAAAGCCGCCAACGGAGAAGCCGAGAGCGCCAAGGACGGUGAGAGCGACAAGAAGAGUCCGCGAGGCAGAGACGACUCCGCCUCGCCUUCGGAGGCCAAGAGCCUUGGUCCCGAGUCCAAAAGUCAAGAGUCUGACGUCAAAGAAGACAAGUCCGAGAAGAUGGACACGACUCCGCCCGCAGACGACAAGAAAGCCGCCAAGGAGGAGAAGGAGGCUCCGAAAGCCGAGGAGGCCCAAAAGCUGCAGAACGGCGACAGCGGCAAGGAGAGCCCCGCCGCCAUCGAGGAGAAGAAGAAGGCCAAGGGCCGUUUCAUGUUCAACAUUGCGGACGGGGGAUUCACAGAGCUUCACUCACUGUGGCAAAACGAAGAGCGUGCCGCCACGGUCACCAAGAAGACCAACGAGAUCUGGCACCGUCGCCAUGACUACUGGCUGCUGGCCGGAAUCAUCCAACACGGCUACGCUCGCUGGCAGGACAUCCAGAACGACGUCAAGUUCGCCAUCCUCAACGAGCCUUUCAAAGGCGAGAUGAACCGAGGCAACUUCCUGGAAAUCAAGAACAAGUUCCUGGCCAGGAGGUUCAAGCUCUUGGAGCAGGCGCUGGUGAUCGAGGAGCAGCUGCGUCGCGCCGCCUACCUCAACAUGUCCGAAGACCCCUCGCACCCCUCCAUGGCGCUCAACACGCGCUUCAGCGAGGUGGAGUGCUUGGCCGAGUCGCACCAGCACCUCAGCAAAGAGUCCAUGUCGGGGAACAAGCCGGCCAACGCCGUCCUGCACAAAGUGCUGAAGCAGCUGGAGGAGCUCCUCAGCGACAUGAAGGCGGACGUGACGCGCCUCCCGGCGACCAUCGCCCGAAUACCGCCGGUGGCCGUGCGGUUGCAGAUGUCCGAGAGGAACAUCCUGAGCCGCCUGGCCAGCCGAGGACCCGACACGCAGACUCAGGCGCAGACGCAACAGAUGUCUCAGCAGCAGUAGACGGACGACGCUCAGCUCUUUACCUCUAAGCCCCCCCACACCCCAACCACAUUCCUGAUUGGCAACAGACUGUGCGCCCACGCUUGAAGCCACACCCAGCUUGCCCCGCCCCCAACAAACAGACUUUGUUUCCCGGAGGACAGACAAAUGGACGGACUUCCUUCCCGAACGUUUGAGGCUGUGGGCACAAAAGCAAUUUUUAUUUUUUUCUCCUUUUUUCAAUUUCUGGAUUAAUAUUAUUGAUAUAAUGUUAUUAUGAUGUUUUUUUGGGACCUAAAUAAAAAAAAAAAAUAAAAAAAAAAGUGAAAUAAAAAGUCA